UACUGUUUGAACGCUGUUGUGCUGUUGGUGGCUGAGUUUUUCUUCCCUUGUUGCCGGUUUUGUGUCAGCGUUUCGUUUCGUCGCUGCCAAACGUUUUCAGUUACUCCCCCGGUCUCCCCCAUGGCCGACCCUCGCGUCAGACAGAUCAAAAUAAAAACAGGCGUAGUAAAACGCUUGGCAAAAGAAAAAGUUAUGUAUGAAAAAGAAGCAAAACAACAAGAAGAAAAGAUUGAAAAGAUGAAAGCUGAAGAUGGAGAUAACUAUGCAAUUAAAAAACAGACUGAGAUCUUGCAAGAAUCUCGAAUGAUGAUUCCUGAUUGCCAACGCCGACUAGAAGCUGCACAUUCUGAUCUUGUUCAGCUAUUAGAAAAUGAAAAAGAGUUGGAAGAAACUGAAGAAUAUAAAGAUGCACAAUCAGUACUGGAAUCAAUAAAGUUAGAAGCUUAGACUGAUUUUUCACCACUUUAUGGAUAUGCCUCAGUGUUGGGCCCAUUGUUACUUUUUAAAGUUUGGUCAUUGUUGUAUAUUUGUUCAAGUAGUGAUAAGAAUGAUAAUGUGCUAAUUUGUAUUUUAUGCCAUUACAAAUGAUUCUGUCCUUUUUAUUUAAUUGUUUUGGAAAGCAUUUUACUGAAAGUUGUACAAUCAUACCAAGUAAAAAUAAAAACUAAAAGCAAACCAAAGGGGCAUUUUUCUAAU